UCAACCUGUGCCAAAACAGCACGGUAGCAGUUUUACCAGCUGCGUUUGUUAUUUAACGCGCGGUCCAGCAGAGACCGUCAGAGCGUCGGUGCAGGUGACAGAGGAUGAAGACAGAGUGACGGACACUCACAGGUCACCUGACGGCCGUCACGGGGGCAUAAAAGACAGCGGACACUGGGUUCACAAAAGCCUUUGCGGCCCUCACGGUCCCCUCACCGGCGACCACGCGAUUGACAACUCAUAUUUUUUAGAUACGAACGUGACCGAACUGGAAAGUAUGCUGUUUUGGCACAGCCAUCCUGAAAUCUAUCAACAGCACACGCAAAAUAAUUAUAUAAGAGAUGCUCUUGCUCCGUUUCUCAAGCAUGAAGAGGAGAAGCAAUCCGCUGAGACCGGAGUGUCUCCUUUUCAUUAUGUGCUUUGUGCAGCCACAUCUCCAGCUGUGAAACUUCAGGACGAAACACUCACAUAUCUAAAUCAAGGUCAGUCCUAUGAAAUCCGUUUGCUUAACAGGAAACUAGUGGAGUAUACAGAUAUUAGCAGCAAAUAUGUAAAGAGCAUUGUGCGUGUUGUUUUCCAUGACCGACGGCUGCAGUACACAGAGCAUCAGCAGUUAGAGGGAUGGAGGUGGAACCGACCGGGAGACAGAAUCCUGGAUAUAGAUAUCCCGUUGUCAGUGGGCAUAAUAGAGCCUCGAGCCCACCCACUGCAGCUCAACACCAUAGAGUUUCUCUGGGAUCCUGACAAAAAUGCCUCAGUUUUUAUUCAGGUAAACUGCAUUAGCACUGAGUUCACUCCUAGAAAACACGGUGGAGAGAAAGGCGUCCCCUUCCGCAUUCAAAUAGACACUUUCGCAGCCGGUGAGCAUGGAGAAUACACUGAACACAUGCGCUCCGCCAGCUGCCAGGUCAAAGUCUUCAAGCCAAAAGGCGCAGAUCGCAAACUCAAGACUGACAGAGUGAGAAUUGAGAAAAAGAGUCCUCAGGAUAGAGAAAAAUAUCAACCAUCCUAUAAAACGACAGUGCUGACUGAGUGCUCCCCUUGGCCCGAAGCCCCAUCUGUCAGCAGAACAAGCAACACUCCAUCUCCUGGUUAUCAAAGCUCUCACACUUCCUACAUCUUCCCAGAGGAAAACUGCUCUCCAGACCAGCAGGGGGAGCUACAUUUGCCCAGCUGUUCUGAUCACCUGUUGCCAUCGUCCUCCAUGCAGGACACGCAGCAGUGGCUCCAUCGUAAUAGGUUCUCCUCUUUCUGCAGGCUUUUCUCGGGCUUCACAGGUUCUGAUUUACUAAAAAUGAGUAGAGAAGACUUCAUUCAGAUCUGUGGUCCUGCUGACGGCAUCCGUCUUUUCAAUGCAAUCAAGGGAAGGUGUAUACAACCACGUCUCACUGUCUAUGUAUCUCAGCUGCAAAACAGGAACCAACUGCACACCAAAGCAGCGAGUGAUGACGUGUACCAUGCUCUCUACCUAGAGGACCUAACUGUCCUUGAGCUCACUGAGAAGAUAGCCAAUCUAUAUAAUGUUCCCCCACAGCAAAUCCAUCGUGUAUACAGACAGGGGCCAACGGGGAUCCACGUCUUGGUUUCAGACGAGGUAAGAAGGCAGAGAGUGCUUAAAAUUGAGUCAGAACAUUCCAGAGAUUACAGAUCAUUUAGGAACUGUUGGUUAUAUAAUCUUUCAAAGGAGAAGUUCAUCCAAAGGACAAAUAGUAGCACAUUUAUCUACUUUUCAAAGACUUUUACCAUGUUUAAGUGCUAUAAUCGGGUCCUCUGUGCAUCUACUAACCCAGAAAACGUAAAAAAUGACAACCCAGUAACUUUGGUAAGCCUUUUCUGCAAGCAUGUGAAAAAACGAGCCGCUCAGAUUUCACUUCCCCCUAUGUUAACGCAAAUCAGUGUGUAUAAGGUUUUUUUUAUGAAUCUCUGCAAUCAGUUUUCCUAUAACAUGGUAGUUAGCUUUUUUCGCGGCUAAAGUAAACAAUCUCUCAGAGCAGCUCGUCACUCCACAGAGAGAAGAGAGGGACGGGAUGAGCAGAGCUCAUUUGCAUUUAAAGGAACAGUCACUCAGUAUGGAAUGAUUUUUGCAGAACUGAUUCUGGCAAGGUAAAAAGGGUGUUGUUUCACACAACCAUUAAGAAUUUUUAGCCAAAGUAUAUUAUAGAUUUUUCAUUAAGACCCUAAAGAAUCAUAUCAACUUGUGGAAAAUAGGCAUCCGAUGACCCUUUAAAAUAAACUUUGUCGAGAAGUACUUUGUUUAGUACUCACAUGCUGUGUGACAGCCGCUUUCUGUGUGUGCUUCGGAUGUGUGCACUCAGAAGUUUACACUACUAUGGUUUAAAACGCAUGAUUUCAGCACGAUAUACAUAAUAAUCAAAACCAAACAGAUGUUUUUUGGCAGAGUAUCUGAGGUACGAGCUGUAAAGGCACAGCUCUGUUCUGGAAGAGGGGGCAGGGAUCAGCAGCUCAUUUGCAUUUUAAGAGACAUGCACGAAAAGAGACAUGCAAUACUGACACCAGAG